AUGCGAAGCGCCCGCGGACGGACUAGUCCCCCGUCCGCGGGAAUAGGGGUGGAGGAGGAGGGGGAGGGGGAGAAGAGGGGGAAGAGGAGAAGGGGUGGUGGUGACGGGUGGGAUGAGGAAGAGGAGGAGGAAGGGGGGGACAAUGAUGAUGAUGAGGAAGAGGAGGAAUUGGGUGCCGCCACCACCCAAACGGCAACGGUGGCAGGGCUCUCUGCGGCGAUUGAAGUGGCCGCUGUUGGCUCAAAUCUCGGUCUCUCGCGCUCGUCUAAGCGGAAGCGUAGACGUGCCCGAAUGCAGGCCACGAUGAGGGCCGCAGUGGCUGCUGAAGCCAAUGCGGAGGCCCAUGAGGCCACGGGAGUUGCUGUUGUGCCCUAG